GCUCUGAGUGAAUGUUCAGGCCAUGAGUUUCAAAAGACAGAUGCAGUGAAAGGACCAGUUUAUUAAGGUUCUAUUCAGUUAUAAUUCAGUUUUUGGUUACCUCAGAUGGAGGCGUCGCACUCGGCUGGUCUCGCCAUCAGUUUCGCCAUCAGAGUCCACCUUACCCUGAGACUGAAAAGAGACCAUUAGAUCAUGGUCUUGAGGCUGGACUCAUGUAUUACAACACUACUUUUAUGGAAGGCAGACAUGAGAAGUGUGUGACGUUGAAACCUGCAAUGGGUCAGUUUUGACCCAGAGCACCACAGGAGGCCUGAGUUUAACACGACUGACUCAGGAAAACUCAGGAGGCUCCAUUUUCAGCAAUAUCAGGCAAUGUUGACAUAAUUUGACACUUUAAAUGGACAUGAAUCUGACUCAGAUCAAGCACUGGACAUGUGUCACAACUGCUUGAUGGAUGUGACGACACGUUGAGGUUGCCUCACUGCUCUCAGUUCCUGAUUUUCCAUUCAUUUCAACCAGUGUUACACCAUCAACCAUGCAACUACAUUCAGGGCAGAGGCUAAGCAUGACAACCACAUCCAGGCUGUGAGUUCAAAAGCAAAGGUCCUCUGGGUGUCGGAGCACUUCAUGUCAAUGAAUGUAGACAUGGACUUUCGAAACGAACCUAUUCACGCUUACCAAAAUGUAGAGACACUACACAAAAGCUCUCGCUCGGACGCAAGACAUGCUCAACGCAGAGCGUUCAGGCUGGCUGCCCUGUGCAUUGGUGUGAUGUGUAUUCUUCAGGCGACGCUCAAUAUUGUCCUGAGACUAUACUUUACUUUUCAGGUGGACACGAAUCUGUUAUAUACUGGCUGCAACAAUCAGUCUGUGGAGAGAGACCAGACCUGUUGCAACAACCUGGCUAAAGAGAGAGACCAGUUACAGGCCAGUAUCACCAACCUGGCUAAAGAGAGAGACCAAUUACAGGCCAGUAACACCAACCUGGCUAAAGAGAGAGACCAGUUACAGGCCAGUAACACCAACCUGGCUAAAAAGAGAGACCAGUUACAGGCCAGUAACACCAACCUGGUUAAAGAGAGAGACCAGUUACAGACCAGUUACACCAACCUGGCUAAAGAGAGAGACCAGUUACAGACCAGUUACACCAACCUGGCUAAAGAGAGAGACCAGUUACAGGCCAGUAACACCAACCUGGCUAAAGAGAGAGACCAGUUACAGGCCAGUAACACCAACCUGGCUAAAGAGAGAGAUACACUCCAGAGGAAACUUUCUGAGCUUGAUGGAAACAUUAACAAGGCGGGAUGGAUGUACUUCAGAUCCAGUAUUUACUACAUGUCUACUGAGAAGAAGAGCUGGACUGAGAGCAGACAAGACUGCAAAAAUAAAGGAGCAGACCUGGUGAUCAUAAACAGCAGAGAGGAACAGGAGUUUGUUGAAAUGAUCAGGAAAGGUCAGGAAGCUUGGAUUGGCCUGAGUGACAUUAACCAAGAAAACGGCUGGAAGUGGGUGGACGGCUCGACUCUAAACACAAGGUUCUGGUGUAGCAGGGAACCCAACAAUUAUGAAGGAAACGAGGACUGUGUUAUAACUGGCUAUGUUCCACAAGAUGGGCGACCCGUAUUAGAUAUAUUAAAUACAUGGAAUGAUAUUAAAUGCUCUGUCCGAAUCAGUUGGAUAUGUGAGAAGAAAGUUUCCAUUUAGAGGGAGCAGCAUUGCUUAACUUACUGAAUCCAUCGAACGCAGGAUGUUUUCGCUGGACCUCUUUUCAAAACUUGACGUGUUUUUAAUCACACAUGUCCACUGAAGUGCGGAUGAUGCCUGGUAAGCUUUGUGAUUGAUUGUUCUCAGAUUCUGCAAGUGAAUCUCGAAUAGUGAUCUAACAUUACUAAUUGUAUGCCACAUGGUGGGGGUGUAUUUUUAUUUUAAUUCUUGGUGUGAUGAGGCAAAUGCAUUGCCCAUCACCAGAGACUGUGUAUGUGUGUAUAAUACCGAACUGUAAUACUCACUUGUUGUGUGGUUCCAUAGCAGAGUCAGCAAAAGGGAGACUAAUGGCUAGUUCAUGGGAGGGGUGAUGUUUUAAACCUAGUUCCCAGAAAAUAAAGAGGUUAAGAAAUGUGCACACUGUAUUAAACACCUUUACCGGUAACAUAUUAAGGAAUUAUGAGAUUGAUUGUGAUUUUAUUUACCUUUGUGUUAACCCACUCUUAGAGGACAGCAACACCCACACGAGGUUGAAAGCCUGAUUACUGACAGUAGAAAUUUGGCUCAGGUGAUGCAGGCAUGGGGCUAAGCCUAUAAGACCUAUGGGAGAGGUUUAGUGAGGAGGCUAGCUCAAUAGUACUCACCUCAGACUGAGGCAGCUGAGGGAAAUCUGAGCAGAACAAGUCAGAAGUGUAGUAGGACUAAAUAUAUUCACCUGUCCGGUUAAUAUUUUAACGGCCGUUUUUUUCCGUUUAUACAGUUUUUCUUUUGUAUGUUUUGCAUGCUUGUAAAUAAAUCACUGAUCGUUUGGACAAGAA